CACGGAUCCCCAUCACCCAGGCGCAGCCAGACGGGACUGCCGCCUCGCGCCGGCCGGACCUGCUGCGUGAGCCCUGAACGCGCGCUGGUGGGAGGAAGCGCGUGGAUUGCUGCUGCAAAAAAAAAAAGAAGAAAGGCUUCGUCUCGAUUUUAACGCUGGACGUGAGGGUCUUUUGCAGAGCUGUAACCUUUGACCCUUAAGCCCUGUGCUGAUCCCUGACUUUGCGACCCUGGACUGCAUACUCAUUCUGACUGAAGAGGGCGCCAUGAGCCAGGAGGGGCAGGGUGACCCCCUCAACACGCACACAUCACCUCCAGAUGCACUUGCAGAGGCCCAAGAGGAUACCGACAGCCCUGAGACUGGAGAUGUGGAGCAGGAGAAGGAGGCAGGGGAGAUAAAUGUUUCAGGCUGUAGGGCUGAGGAACCAGCAAGUAGGGAUGAAGGAGAGACGGAAGUAGAUCCAGAAGUAAAACCAGAAGACGAACAAAAUGGGGAUGUGCUGGCUAACAGAGAGCAGAGGACAGAAGAUGACGAGCAGAUCAGAGAUGGUUCUAGAAAGAAUGAAGGGGAUGAAAGUUGCUGCCUGCAGGCAGAGCCUGACCACAGCAAAGGAGACAUUGACAAUGUCCCUAGCACUGAAUAUGAGGGUCAUGACGUCCUCCCACCUCCAUUGGACCAACCCACAGAGGAUUCAGCAGAGCUGCAGCACACUGUGAGGGUGCAAAACGGCACUAGUGAGGACAGUGAAGGUCAGGAGGAAGACGAAGGCUGUGACGAAGAGCCAACUCGAAGGAACCUGGACACGUUCAGCUCCACCUUUGAGCUUUCAGUGGAAGAAGCAGACGCGGAGGUAGAGGAGGAAGAAGAGGCGCCAAACCAGGACAGCUUCAGCUCAGCGUUUGAGCGCAUUGUGGAACAAGCCUGUGGAUCCACAGCACUCGAGGACGAGGACGAGGAGGAGGACGGUGGCGAAGAAGAGCGUGACAGGGCCAAGGAAAGCCACGACGGCUUCAGCUCCACGUUUGAACGCAUUGUGGAGUCAGAGCUGCUGCGUGGUGGCACUUGCUACAGUAGCCUGGACUCACUGGACGUGCUGUCGCUCACGGACGAGACGGACAGCUGUGUGAGCUUCGAGGCACCCCUCACGCCGCUCAUCCAGCAGAGGGCGCUGGCAGGGCCUGAGCCUCCAGAACUGGAGCUGGAGACCGUGCAGGAGGGAGCUGAGACCCAGGAGGGGGAGGGGGAGCCAGACACUGGAAGGAACGAAGCGGGCUCCGGAAGCCCCCUCCGGACCUCCAUCCCAGGCAGCAGGUCUGAAAAUGUCCUGAGCCAGCCAGCACAGUGGAGCAUUCCCAAUGGAUUCCACAAUGACUUGUCAGGCAGCAUAGAGAGGCCAGGAAUCCUCCCCAGCUCUGUAAGUGAUGCCAAUCUCACAGAUGGACUGUGUGACUCAGACUCUGAGCUGGGCAGCCUGGAGACGCUGGAGAGGGGCAGCACCGAUACACUUGCAAACGGGUGCCGUGCUGACGCAGAUGCUGCCAAGCGGCUGGCGAAGCGGUUGUUCUACCUGGAGGGCUUCAAGCGGUGUGACGUGGCGCGACAUCUGGGGAAGAAUAAUGAAUUCAGUCAGAUGGUGGCAUCGGAGUAUCUGAGCUUCUUUGACUUCACAGGGUUGUCCUUAGACCGAGCGCUAAGGAACUUCCUGAAGGCAUUUCCUCUGAUGGGAGAGACGCAGGAGAGAGAGCGAGUUCUGGUGCACUUUUCCAAACGCUUCUGCCACUGUAAUCCAGAGGCCCUCACCUCCGAAGAUGGAGCUCACACACUGACUUGUGCUCUCAUGCUGCUCAAUACAGACCUGCAUGGCCAUAACAUUGGGAAGAAGAUGUCUUGCCAGCAGUUCAUUAGCAAUCUGGAUGGUCUGAAUGACGGCAAAGAUUUUCCCAAAGAAUUACUCAAGGUGCUGUAUAAUUCAAUAAAGAAUGAGAAAUUAGAAUGGGCCAUUGAGGAAGAGGAGCUGAGGAAGAGUCUGUCAGAGCUGGUGGAAGAUCAGUGCGAGGCGGGAGGAAAGCGGGUUGUCAGGGUAACAGACGGCAGUAACCCUUUCAUUGCAAUCCCGCUGCUGCUCAAUGCUGCCACGUACAAACACGGCAUCCUCACUCGCAAGAGUCAUGCAGACAUGGACGGCAAACGCACCCCGAGAGGGCGGCGAGGCUGGAAGAAAUUCUAUGCUGUGCUGAAGGGCAUGAUCCUCUAUCUGCAGAAAGAUGAGUAUAAGCCAGAUAAGGACCUGUCUGAAGUGGACCUGAAAAAUGCAGUUCGUGUGCACCAUGCACUGGCCACCAGGGCCUGUGACUACAGCAAGAGACCCAAUGUGCUCAAACUCAAAACGUCAGACUGGAGGGUCUUUCUCUUCCAGGCACCGAGUGAGGAGGAGAUGAUGUCGUGGAUCUUCAGGAUAAAUCUGGUAGCUGCUCUGUUCUCUGCUCCUGCGUUCCCUGCAGCCAUCGGCUCCAUGAAGAAAUUCUGCAGACCACUGCUUCCAUCUUCCACAACUAGACUCAACCAGGAGGAGCAGCUGAAAUGUCAUGAGAGUAAACUAAAGCAGAUAUCUCUGGAGGUGGAGGAGCACAAGAAGAACCCUCCAGAGCUUACACCCAAGAGCAAAGAGACAGAGGAGUACCGCCUCAAAGAGCACUACCUUACCUAUGAGAAAAGCCGCUAUGAGACGUACGUCAACCUGCUUCAGGCCAAACUGCGCGUGGGGAGCGACGACCUGGACAAGAUUGAGGCCAGUGUGUUCAGUGGAGACAGCAGAGACUGCCACCUGCGCAAAACCCAGUCCAGCCCGUCCAUCAGCCAGGGUCAUGGGCUUAACGGCCGAACCGGUCAUAAAAACCCCAACAACCACAGCUGA